UAUCUACUAGAAAUGAAAAGCUUAAUUCUGCCCCCUGAACACAUUCUGAAGAGAGGGGACAGUGAAGCAAUAGCAUAUGCUUUCUUUCAUCUUCAACACUGGAAAAGAGUAGAGGGGGCACUGAAUCUCUUACACUGUACAUGGGAAGGCACUUUCAGAAUGAUCCCCUAUCCACUGGAAAAAGGACAUCUUUUCUACCCUUACCCUAUUUGUACAGAAACUGCAGAUAGAGAACUACUACCAUCAUUUCAUGAAGUUUCAGUUUACCCCAAGAAAGAGCUUCCCUUCUUCAUCCUCUUCACUGCUGGACUAUGUUCUUUCACAGCCAUGCUGGCCCUCCUGACACAUCAGUUCCCAGAGCUCAUGGGGGUCUUCGCAAAAGCUUUUCUCAGCACCCUCUUUGCCCCUUUAAAUUUUGUGAUGGAAAAAGUAGAAAGUAUCCUGCCCUCCAGUCUGUGGCACCAGCUGACAAGGAUCUGAGGGAGCACGCCUGCUGACUGACUGCCAUGACAUCUUCUGUGCCAACUUUUUGUUGACCACAAGAAAGCAUGAUAAAAAAGGGAAGCAGUUCUAAGACUUAAAAACUCUUCAUGGAUUGUCUGUUCUCAUAUGAAAACUGUUUUGUUGUACAAAAUACAUUGAUGUUAGGUUCUAUUAUAUUUUGCCUUCAGAAAAGAAAAACUUAAAAAUAAACUUUUGUGUAUUGCA